AUGGCGAAGCUCCGAGCUCCCACCAANGAGCCGCGGGAGCAACCGUCGCUCCCGCUGGGGGAAUCUCCGCUCCCCCAGCGGAAACCGAGGUCGCGUGGGCCAACGUCCCGCCUGGCACCUACCCGGGGUUCCAGCCCGGAGUCCAGUCGGAACAUGGACGUCUCCCCCCCUCCGGCAAGGAAGACAGACGGGGGCGACAGGGCGGUGGGUUCUCCACUGGGUCUGGGAGCUCCACGAGAGGAGGAGCGCCUGGCCGCGCUCCCUCAGGAACAAAAGGACACGAAGUCCCUCCUGAGGGAUCACACCCGCGCGGUCGACAAACUGAUCACCGAACGGCUGGACAAGUUUUUCCAGUCGUUNGUGGAUCGACAGUUACGCCCUCCUCUAGGGAGCGGUCCCCAGAAGGAGACAGUGGCGGUGGCCCGAACGGAGACGGGGGACGGCAGCCGAGCCGCACCUGGUGCGACGACUGCGCUGGUCCCCCUGCCCNCGGUCCGACCGNGACAGGAAACUUCUGGGCCCUCUCAGACUCAGAAGUCGAGGGCCAAGAAGAAGCGGAAGGCCAAGCAGCAGAAGAAGGAGGCCAAGGGAAAGGAGGGAGGCGAGCAGCGGCCGGGAACCGGUCCGGUGGCAAGUGCCACCCCCCGAACACCCGGACAAGGGUUCGCCCCCUCCGCGUCCGCCUCCCAGCCUUCUGCUCCCACCACCUCACAGGACUCUUGGUCCCAGGUGGUGGGACGCAAAAAGAAGAAAAAGCCGGUUCCCCAGACCUCCACCUCAACACCGCCCAGCGGCAAGGGCGGAGGCAAGGGAACGCAGGCGGGAACGGCUAAGCCAGCUCCUCCCAAGCCCCGAUUGGGCCGGCCACCCCGCUAUUCGGCGGUGGUACUCUCGGCUCCCGAGGGGGCCAGCGGCAGUUUUGUCGGGGAGGUCCUGGCAUACGUCCGCUCCAAAGUGGCAUUGGAGCCACUGGGCGUCCAGGGCCUCCGCGCGAGGAGGGCUCUCACCGGGGCCCUCGUUCUGGAAAUCUCCGGAGAGGGCAGCGACACCAAGGCGGAGGCGCUCUAUAACGCCAUGCUCCCCUUGGUGUCGGAAAAAGGGGGACGGCUCGCGAGGCCGGUUAAGACCGCGGAACUGCGCGUUCGGGGCCUCGACGAGUCAGUCUCCCCAGCAGAGGUCCAGGCGGCGGUGGCGUCGGCCGGGGGGUGCGCAUCGGCCACUGUACAAGUUGGCCAGCCGCGUGCCUCCCCCGGUGGGAUGUACACCGCAUGGGUGAAGUGCCCCUUGGCUGCAGCCCAAAAAGUUGUGGCGGCGGGGGCGCUCACCGUAGGGUGGGUGCGNGCACCUGUGGAGGCGCUGGAGCAGCGUCCUCUGCAGUGCCACAGGUGCCUCCGGCGCGGGCACGUGUUGUCGGCGUGCCCGUACACCGCACCCGAGGAAGACAGACGCGGUCGCUGCUUUAACUGCGGCGACCGCGGGCACAGGGUGUCGACGUGCACGUCGGCACCCAGGUGUGCCCUGUGUGCGGACCUUGGACGUCCCGCCAACCACCGCCUGGGGGGCAGGGCUUGCGCCCCAGCCCCCAGUAAAGGCAAAGGAAAGCGGGCGCCCAAGGCCGCGAGCCUCCCGAGUGACACGCAGGCCACUCCGGAGGCGGGAANCCCCUCUGCUGGUGCUCCAGCAAUACGGGGGAAGGAAGCGCCCGCUGCCNAGUUAACUCCGACAGCGAGCGGCAGCGAGGGGAUUGCACCCCCCUCCCCUCCUGCGAGUAGGGCCCUGGAGGAGGAUAGCAUGGACACGNCGUAA